GUCUGAACUCAAGCUCGCGCCGAAGCUUUCCAUGUCCCUCUGCUGCUCCUGCUCCUCCAGCCUCUAGGCUCGGUGCCCACCGACGCCGAGCGGAUCUCGUCGCGCUGCCGUGCAGCUUCCACUCGGGCGAGCGCACCCGCGCAUCUCACCUCAUCCCGGCUCGGCUGGCCGCCGCCCGCGUGCGCCUGCUGGACCUCCCUCCCGGCUAGGCUGGCCGCCGACCUCCUGCGCCUGCUAGACCUCCCUCUGGCUAGGCUGGCCGCCGGCCUCGUGCGCCUCCUAGACCAGCAUCUCCGUCUCGGCUGGCCGCCGCACUGGUGCACCUGCUGGAACUGGCCGUGCAGCAGCUCGGUCGGAACGGGAUCCUCCGCGGCGCCGUCCUCGCUAAUAUGAGUCGCGGAUCCUAGCGGUAGCAUGUGGGACGGCCAAGCAAGAGGGCGGCGGCGUGUCCUUGGCAGGCUGGUCCUCGGGCUUGUGGAGGAGGGGGUCAAGAGGCGAGAAGAAGGAAGUCGAGGACAGUAGCAUGAGCGCCAUCUAUUUGGUACUCGGAGAGGAAGAAGAAAGGGAUUGCAGCUCAUACAUACAGCAUUACCUCCGCUGAACAGAGAUUCUGGCCAUGGUUUGCUGUACAAGCUCCACAAGGGUGCAUGGUACUGCUUUGUUAUGCUUCAUACAUGCUACUUCUUUCUGUCCAACACUCGGGAUUGUGUCGCAGUUAAUGAUUGAUCGGCACCCUCCUGGUUCGACGGACCACUCCUCGGAGAAGCCAUCAGAGGCGCGGAUUCCUUUGCUGCACAAUUCAAGAGAAGAAAAGAAGAAUCCCUGUGCUUCGCCCAGGAUUGUUGUGUGCGUUAAGACUGUAUGUCACCUCCGCCGGCCGCCUCCUAUGAGCAGUAAUUUUGCAUUUUGGCGCGCUUUUGUGUAUUCUGUGCAUCUGUUUCGCGGGUGAUUGUAAUUAUUUCCUUCCGUUCUGUGUUCAGUUUUAAUGAUGAGAGUAUUACGGAAGGGAAUCAGUAUUAUGAUCUGUAUUUGUUUUUCUUUUUGGAUGAGAAAAUCUGGAGCGGGAGGGGGUGCACGCACAGCCGUGCGAUGGCUGUGUCGCACGGAUGGUCGCACCAAGCGGCCGCAGGCAAGCCCCGUCCGGUACUGCGCAUAGGCGGCGAUAAUUAAGCCGAUCUGGAAACUGCCUGCAGCCUAUCAUGGAGCUGCGAUCGAGGCGGUUCAUCGCCUCCGGCGAAGCGCGCCGCCGCGCCAGGCUAGGCUUCACUCCCUCCGAGCCGGACCACAUCAGCGCCCUCCCCGACGAGCUGCUCCUCCUGGUCCUCGCGCGCCUCGGCUGCGUCGCCACCGCCGCGCGCACCAGCGUCCUCGCCCGCCGGUGGCGCGGCCUCUGGACCUGGCUCCUAGAUCUGGCCUUCCCCGACGUCCCGUUCCGCUCCCUCGGUAAGGCGCUCGACGCCCUCGGCCGCAAGGACACGGUCGUCUCCUCCUUCCAUAUCCGCGUCGCCGACCAGCCCGGCUCCACCCGCGCAGUCAGCUCUCUGCUGCGCGCCGCCGCGUGGUUCUUGCCGGUGGAUCUCGCCGUCGCCGUCCCAUCGGGCGUCGCGUACCUACGCCAUCCCGUCGAGCUGCCGUGCUUCGGCUUCAAGCGCACCGCCACGAUCUCCCUCCUGAUGGACAGCAAUCCCGUCGAGCUCCGCCUGCCGACACCCGCGGCCCUGGCCGCCGCCGACGUCGGCGAGUGCCUGUUCCCCGCUCUCACCACGCUCAACCUCUGCGGCUACUACACCCACGACGGCCUGGCCGCCCUUCUCCCCCACUGCCCCCUCCUGCGCGUGCUCCGGUACGCCGUCCGUUACCGCCGGCCCUGUGACGAGGACUACGCCAUCACCGUCAAGUCCCCGACGCUGCGCGAGCUCCUUAUGGAGGAAAGCGGUGUGAAUUAUGUACGCCGCAUCGACAUGGUGACCCCUGCGCUCGAGCACCUCACCGUGUCCGUCCUGGCGCCCAUGGCGGAGAACGUCUCGUGGCGCUGCCGGUAUGGUGGCGGCUGGUUUAGGGCAUGUACAACGGGGGCGCUUACAAUCGGCGCCAGGGUUCGAUUCCCGUCCGAUUUGGUCAAAUCCCCACCGAUCCCAGGAUUUGGGCUGGCAUCGAUGCCGAGCCAGUCGCCGAGCGCUUAG